GUUGUCAGUAUUUAAACAGAGCACACCAUGCGUGAGUACAAGCUUGUGGUCCUUGGUUCAGGAGGCGUAGGGAAGUCUGCUCUGACAGUUCAGUUUGUUCAGGGAAUUUUUGUUGAAAAAUAUGACCCAACGAUAGAAGAUUCCUACAGAAAGCAAGUCGAAGUAGAUUGCCAACAAUGUAUGCUGGAAAUCCUGGAUACUGCAGGAACAGAGCAAUUUACAGCAAUGAGGGAUUUGUAUAUGAAGAAUGGCCAAGGGUUUGCACUAGUUUAUUCAAUUACAGCUCAGUCUACGUUUAAUGACUUACAGGAUUUGAGAGAACAGAUUUUACGGGUUAAAGACACAGAAGAUGUUCCAAUGAUUUUGGUUGGCAAUAAAUGUGACCUGGAAGAUGAGCGGGUAGUUGGCAAAGAACAAGGCCAGAAUUUAGCAAGACAGUGGUGUAACUGUGCCUUUUUAGAAUCCUCUGCAAAGUCAAAGAUCAAUGUUAAUGAGAUUUUUCUAUAGUUCAGAGAGAUGAGGAAGAACCUAGGCUGGGGACUUUCAGCAUUUCUAACCAAAUAUUAUAGUUCGAACUUGCCCUCAUCACUGAACCAUCUGCUGCUGUGAGGUAGGCAAUGUUUUCCAAAGAAAUAAUUUAGAAUAAUACUACAAGCAAUCAGUUACCUGUCUCUAUAAUGUGUGCCAGAAACUGGACACUGACUGGUAUGAAGAAACUGAAAUAGGAACUGCAUAUGUAUUUCAUUAAUUUACUGUUCUGGUUUAUCUUUUUGUUACUUUGUAUCAUAGCUUGCAUGUUAAAACCUUAUGCACCAAUGAGAACUUUUUCCUGACUCAUAUGCAUCAAGUUCUUAAAGGCUUCAGAGUUAUGGAAAUAGUAUUGGCGUAUAAAUACUGUAGUUUUAACCUUUUGUUAGCUUAUAGAAAACAGAAUGGCUUUAGGAAGUGGGAGUUGGAUGGAUAGGGCAAACAGAAAAGAAUAUAUUUAUAACUUUGUAAUGAAUCUGUUCUCUUUUUUUUCUUUUCAACAAUUUAGUCUCAUAAUCUCUGAGUCAUUUGAAAAAGUAACAGAUGAUUAUCAUCUUAAAGAAAUGUAGUUUGUCAUCUUUUUUAAAACAAUACACAGGCUAGAAUAUAGCUCAGUGGUGGAGAACUUGCCUAACAUGUACAGGCCCUGGGUUUAGUUUCCCACUACAAAAAAAAAAAAAGAAAGAAAGAAAGGCUAAGAUCUCUUGCUUUUGAAAUUUACUUAAUCUAAGAACAAGAAAAAAAAUAGCCCGUUUAUCCUUCAUUUAGAUUUACUAAUAAUUACCAUUUGGCCACAUACUUACAGGAAUCAUUUUUCUUUGCUCCUAUAUAUUUUAGUAUGUGUUUCCUUGGAUCAAAGGCAUUCCCAGACUGUACAGAGUGCUCCGGGAUUAAGAGCUCAUAAGGCUUUAUGUAGGGUCACAAGUUCAGGUCUAACACCAAUGGCUCACAACCUCCUUUAAGUCCAGCUGCAGGUGAUUUAACACUUCUUGACUCCACAGGCAUCCCUCACAGAUACAUAAAUGGAAAAUAAGAAAAUUGCUAAAAGAACCUUUAAGGACAUUCUCUAACAAAAACCACGGCUAUUAAAGAUACAACUUGGCUAUAGUGUGUUCGCCUGCAUGAGCAAGGCCUGGAUUCAGUUCCCAAAACGCAAAGUAAAAGUAAAAUCAGGAAACUUGCCUUCAACACUGUUCUGUUUAUAUGUAGUUUUAUUGUAUUAAGUAUGCCAAUGUGUUAAAGACCAUUUCAGCUGAAUCUGGUUAUUUGCUAUGAUAAUGCAGGCAAUCAUUUUCUAAUGGCCUGGGAUGAAAUGAAUGCCUCGUCAUCAUCAUCAUCUGAAUAUCUCUUGCAGAGUUGUUAUUAAGGAACACAAUAGGGAUGGACUGGUAACAUUUCAACACAUGCCAGAGUUAAUAAUCCACUUUUAUGAAAUAAGUAGUUUUAAUAUUUUUGUCUUUGAUGACUUUUACUCUUCCAAAGAUGAAUCUCUGGGAUUAUUACUGUACCUUCAAAUUGAAGAUUAGUGAACUUUUCCUGUCUGUUGUUGUUAUUGCUGUUGUCUUGUUUGCUUUGACCAUGGAGGUACACACUUUUAAUCCCAGCACUUAGGAGGUAAAAGUAAAUGGACUUCUUGAGUUCAAGGCCAGCCUGGUAUACAAAAUAAGUUUCAGGCCAUCUAGAGCUGAAUAGUGAGACCCUCCCCUAAAAAACAAAUCCAUAAGGGGUGGACAUCAUGUGCCUGCUCUUGUGUUACCUGAACAGAGACAUGCUUUUUUCUGUCCUAGCAUAAAAUGUACAUCAUCAUCAUUAUCAUCAAAUGCAAAUUGAGGGAAAUUCUAUACAUUUAUUAGACAUUAUUUUUCUGAAAUGACAAAACCUUGGAAGACAAAGACCAAAGAACUGUUCCUAAUUUUAAAAAGCUAAAAGCAGUUCAUGAGGUACUAUCCAUCUAUAAUCCUAGCACUUGGGAGAUGGAGACAAGAGGAUCAGGUUUUCAAGGCCAGCCUUGAGUGAGUUUGAAGCCAUCUCAAACAAAUAAGAAAAUAGUAACAGAUAGACAGGUGCUACAAUAUCAAGAAACAAAAUGCAAUGUGAAUCCUGAUAGAUUUCUACCUAAAAGGAAAGUUACAUUUUAGGACCUCAUUGAGAGAAUUGGAAUUUACACUAAAGAUUAUACAAAAAAAAAUGUAUUGAUGUUUAAAUGUUUUGACUAGGAUCAGCAUUAUGCUCAGGUUAUAUAUGAGUAUGUUCUUGCUGGGUGAGGUACCUCACAUCUUUGAUCCUAGCACUUGGGAGGUGGAAGCAGGCAGAUCUCUGAGUUUGAGGCCAGUGUAGUCUAUGCAGUGAAACCUUGUCUUGAAAAACAAGAGAGAGAGGUAGUAUAUUCUUGUUCUGGGAGAUACAUGCUUAGUUAGCCCUUUAAGGAUCCAUGCCGCUAUCAUAUGGUUCAAAAUUAUUGGCUCUAGGAAGAGUGUACAGAAGCUCUUUGGUGCUAUUGCUGUAAUUUUAAUUUUAAGUGUUCACUACCUUUCACAUCUAUUUUUUUUUAAUUGACUACCGGCUGUCUAAGAACAGGUACAUAUCCUUUAUCAUGAAUAAGUAAGGUCUGCUUUACUAUGAGAGUUAGCUUAGGGAAUUAAGAAACUUAGAAGAAAACAGUAAAGUUCAGAUCUAAUGGCAGAAUAGUACUUGGUGCUUUCAAAAUGAUUCUGUGAAACAAACAAUCAGUAGUUUUUAUUGUUGUUUUUACCUAGAUAUUUUAUGACCUGGUCAGACAGAUAAA